AUGUCUAAACUUGUUGAAAAUCAAAUAAAAAUUAAUGAAACUUUAAAGAUUAUUUUAGAUUCAGAUGCAUAUAGAGACUCAAGUCUUAUUAAAUACAUGAAAUUUGCGCAACAUUUAGCUAUUAUUACAGAGAACAUAGAUGACGUUAUCAGUGAACUUAUUAGAAUAGAAAAUAGUUUAGCUUUUAUCCGUGCGUCAAGCGCGCACCACUCAAUGAUUAGUAUUAAAGUUUUAGGUAAAAUGAUUAAUAGGUUAAUAUCAAUAUACGGUAAGGAACAUGUGUUAGAGUUAGAACUAAGGGAAUAUUAUGAGCUAAUAAAACCUGGUUAUUAUUUCUCAGGUACCAGAAUAGUAGUUAUAUUUAAAUUACCUCUUUUUAUUAAAGAUAGUUAUGACUUGUAUAGAUUGUCCAUUGCUCCUAAUAAAUACCAGCAGGCCCUCAUCCCUCCUUAUCCUCUAAUAGCAACAAACAGGAAAGGUUACGUGUACAUGGAGGCAGAAUGCCCGAAGUACAAUCACUGGUACCUCUGCGGUGAGAAGAUGGACCACCAGAUACGACAGCAGCCAGACUGCACUCAAGAGCUCAUCAUUAACCAAGCCUUGGACAAGACCUGCCAGAUGACUACGAUAACACUCUCAAGAAUCUCCUUGGAAGAACUUGACGAGAAGCACUAUAUCAUAUCCUUCCCAAAUGCUACGAAGAUUCAUCUGCGAUGCGCACGAGAUGACUACACCAUCCUUAGUGGCACCUACUUAAUCACAGUGCCUGUCAACUGUUUCCUGUUCACCUCAGAAUUCACUAUCACUAAUACUAAUGAUCAAAUUGAAGGACGCCCUUUGUAG